UUUAACCAAUCUACUUCCUGUUUCAAAAAUCAUGAGUCAAGGACAGCCGCAGCCCGUCAAGUACGGCGACGUCUUCAACGUCUCCGGCCAACUCGCUUCACAGCCCAUCUCCCCACAGGAUGCCGCCGCUCUUCAGGCGGCGGAGACUGCCGCCUACGGCCAGACCAUCAAGGCAAGUCUUUUGGACAUCCAAAUUGAUGAGUCUAAAUCGACAGCGGCGGGUGAUGCUGUCACAAUCGGAGAGGCACUGGAGGCAACAGCUCUCUCCGCCGGAAACAAGCCAGUUGACAAGAGUGAUGUUGCUGCGAUACAGGCGGCUGAGGUUCGCGCGCAUUGGGGCUGAAGCCCAAUCUGCGGCUGCAGACCACCAGGGAUGAGGAGAAGACCACGCUCGCCGAUGUUUUAACUGUAAAAUUCAAUCUGAAAAUCAGAUUAAUUUGGUUCGAUUGUAUUAUAUGGCGUUAUGCGUAAUUGCUAUUUUCUGAGGAUGCGAGUGAGAAACUGGUGGGUGACAAGGGAAGAUGCGGAGGGGGUCAUAUAUGCCGAGGUCAGGAACAAGGAUGAUCUAUCCACCAACCCCGGGGGCGUUGCUGCGGUUGUUGCCGCUGCGCCAGGCUUAAAUCAGAACUGACUUCCUUUUAAAAGCUUGUUUUGGAUGUGCAACCUUUGCUGGUGGUCUUCUACGCCUUUUUUCUGUUCUACUAAAUUAGUAUACAACUACCUUUCUAAUAUAAAAGGACUUACGCAUGAAUUGUUCCAUGACUAAAAAACUUGAAUCAUCACUUACAAGUGAGUUCCGAACUCCAUCCAAAUACUAAGACAUAAGCCUCAUCACCUGGAACAACUUGAUU